AAAAUGUCAAGUGAUCUUCUUUUCAUUGUUCUUCGCUUUGUUGCUUUCCACCGAAAUGGAGCAAGAUUCCCAUCAUCACCAUAGAUGGGAAGGCAAGGUAUCAGCGAGGGUGCGAAACGUCACCAAAGCACAAGCUUGGCCUCUGGUGAAAGACUUCUUCAAUAUCCACAAGCUCUUCCCCACGCUCGUCACUUGCUACGGACUUCACGGAUCUAACGGUGAUCCCGGCUGCAUAAGAUACUGCGCCGGGUUCUCCAUCCCAUCCAACGGUCCAGAAAGUGUGAGCUGGUCUAAGGAGAGGCUGAUUGCCGUUGAUGAUGUUGACUUCUGGCUCAAGUAUGAGAUAGUGGAGAGCAACAUUGGGUACAAUUCGUAUGAAUCUACGAUGAAGGUCCUGAGCGAUAAUGAUGAUGAGUCAAAUGGAUGUAUGUUGGAAUGGUCCUUUGUCGUUGAUCCUGUGCAAGGGUUGGAGCUUGAGGAACUGGUUACGAAGUACCGUGUAGCAGUUCAGGUUAUGGGCCAGAAAAUCGAGGAAGAAAUUCAAAAGUUUGAGAUUGAGGUAAUACUGGAAGAAGAGAUGAAAAGCCAAGAAGUUAGAGCUCAAAAGGACCUAAAAAGCCACAAGAAGGGGAGACAACACGAAGCCCGGCGUCCAGAAGCGAGGCUUGAGUGUGCUGUAUCGACGUCCAUCACCCGAGCGGUGGCCUUGGCCGCCUGGGUAGCGGGACCUCAAAGCUUGGGCGUCCAAACUCGAGGCCUGUGCCUUACAUGAGCUUUUUUUACCGCCUGGGCAUCCUUUUAGGCUGCCUGGGCGUCCUUCUAGACCGCCUGGGCGUCGACAUUCGUGGAUCAGGCCCUCUUUCUACUUUGUUUUGAUUCUUUUGGACCAGGCCAUGUUUUGGCACGCCUCCAACACUAUUUAAAGGACCUUAGGG